GGGGGCCAACGCAGGCCCGGGGCGGGGGCGGAACUUUGGGAGCCGUGUUUACAUCGCGCGCCGGCGGUGCCGGCGGGAGUCGCCUCGAGGGGCUGUCCGUCCGAGUCUCUCUCCCUCUCCCUGUCCUCGUUUGCUGCCUCCGCCGCCAUGUACCGGGCCUUGUACGGCUUCCGUUCGGCCGAGCCCAGCUCUCUGGCCUUCGCCGCCGGCGAGACUUUCCUGCUGCUGGAGCGGAGUAACCAGCACUGGUGGCUGGUGACCCGGGCGGGCUCCGGGGAGACGGGCUACGUGCCGGCCUCUUACCUCCAGCGCCUUCAGGUGCUGGAACAAGAUGUGGUUCUCCAGUCAAUUGACAGAGCUAUUGAGGCCAUCCAUAAUGUAGCAAUGAAGAAUGGGGGAAAAUACAACCUGGAGCAGAGGGAUGUUCUCCAGAAAUUGAUCCAUCAUCGGAAGGAAAUUGUUUCCCGUAAAAGUCAUUCCCCAUCUACUCAUGGGAUGACUCCAUCCUCCAGUGAUCACCAUCUGGACCUAGCCAGGCAACCCAAUGGUGUCUGCAGGACUGGAUAUGAGAGACAUCAUAGUUUGCCCAACACAGAACCCCAAGAAGAUGAAGGAGGCCUCUACCAGAUCCCACCACAACCCCAUCGUGCUGCUCCUGUUAUUCCACCACCAACAGAGAAACAGAAGCCUAUGCAGAUGGCUGCCUCCAUUAAAAAUGCAGCCGAAAUCCCCUCUGGAUCAGUUUCUAGUGCCUCUUCUGUCAGCACAACAUCUCUGGAUACCUUGUACACUGGUUCAACCGAGUCUGCCCUCUCAAUGGCUACUUCCAGCCCCAGCAACACCCCUCCACCUAUUCCCAGCAGAAGUGUCCACACAAUGGUAUCAGGUAGCUUAGAUGUCAGCCCUGUCAUACAAAGGAAGCAUGGGGGCGCAAGCAGAUCACCCCAGACCAAAAGACCUGCCCCCCGAUCUCCUGCUCAAACAGAAGCUUCAAAUGUGAAUGAUGAGAAGAACGCACAAGCCAAGGAGACCAUGCCAGCUGCCCUGGCAGGAUUAGAAGAUUUUCAGUCUCUUCAUUUGGAGGAUAAAAAAUCAGAUGGUUCGGAGGGUGUGGAACAGGAACCAGCUGGCCUAGUAGUUUCUGUGCCAAACACAAUAGGUGCUGAAUUGAUAGAGUUAGUCCGCAGGAACACUAAUCUCAGUUACGAGCUGUCUCGGGUUGCCAUAGGAGUGGUCAUUGGCCAUAUUCAAACUUCUGUUCCUGCCAUUAAUAGCAUCAUGGAGCGGAUUCUCAUCUCCUUGGUGGAGAGCAAGAAUCUGUGUUCAGGACUGCCUUCAGGACAGAUCUGCCAUGAUGAAGAAAGGCUGAAGGUGAUCUUUGCAGAUCUAGCCCGGCACAAAGAUGAUGCUCAACAACGUAGUUGGGCGCUCUAUGAAGAUGAAAAUGUCAUUUGCUGUUACUUGGAAGAACUGCUUCGCAUUCUGACAGAUGCAGAUCCUGAAGUUUGUAAGAAGAUGUGCAAGAAGAAUGAUUUUGAAUCAGUUUUGUCCCUUGUUGCAUAUUAUCAAAUGGAGCACAGGGUCGCAUUACGGUUGCUGCUGCUGAAGUGUUUUGGUGCAAUGUGCAACUUGGAUGCUGCUGUUAUCUCUGCUCUUGUGAAUUCUGUUCUGCCCAUGGAGCUUGCCCGAGACAUGCAGACACAUACACAAGAUCACCAGAAGAUGUGCUACUCAGCUUUAGUGCUGGCUAUGAUAUUCUCUAUGGGAGAACCACUGCCCUAUCAUCACUAUGAGCAUCUGAACUCCCAGUUUGUCCAGUUCCUGUUGGACGUGAUUGAAGAUGGGUUGCCAUCAGAUACCACCGACCAGCUGCCGGAUCUCUUCAUUAAUGUGCUUCUGGCUUUUAAUCUUCACAUUCCAGUUCCUGAGCAUAAUGUGAUCAUGGCUACUGUGAGCAAGCACUCCAAUGUCAAAACCUUUACAGAAAAGCUGCUCCUUCUUCUGAAUCGUGGAGAUGACCCGGUAUACAUCUUCAAGCACCAACCCCAACCACCACACUCGGUGCUGAAGUUCCUGCAGGACAUCUUUGCCAGCAAGGACACAGCUCACAUCUUCUACCACACAGACAUGAUGGUGAUGAUUGACAUAAUUGUGCGGCAGAUUGCGGAUCUCUCCCCAGGAGAAAAGCUACGAAUGGAGUACUUGUCUCUGAUGCAUGCUAUCAUGAGGUCUACACCUUAUCUGCAGCACAAGCACCGUUUCACCGACUUGCAAGGAACUUUGCAACGCAUUAUGGUGGAAGAAGAGGAGAGCCCGCAGUGCCAGAUGGACAAAAUGAUAAUCCUAGAGAUCUACAAAGAGUUUCCAGAAAUAUCCCCUGGAGCCAGCUAAUUGUUUCAGGGAGAGGACAAUAUGGAAUCUUAAAUGCCUCUUUGUGGAUCUGUCCUUCCCAUUCCCUCCCAGUGCUGCUCGUACCUUGUUAUCCCUGCGGGUGAGCCCGAAGGUUGAAGUGGAAUGCUUGAAGGCGGCGGUAGGGGAAGACGCUUCAGCAGUUAAUGCCGCUUAGUGCAAAGAGCGAUGAAGGUGGUCUCUGGAGGCCUGUUGGAAGUUCAGGGAGGGGAAGCUGAGGGGAGACACAGGAGUACAUUGCCACUCCUGUGCAGAUGGACAAGAGUAGAAGAAGGUUUAUAGCUACCUUUGCACUCAGAGAAGGCCAAGACGUGUGGUAUGAUGGUCUUUGUGUCAUACCUAAGAUCCCAAAACUAUCUCUGCCAUAAGCAUCCAUUUCCAUGUGUAUUUCUUGUCCUGCAGCUGUGACAGUUAAACAGGCCAGUUUUUGGAACCAGCUUUUGUAGCCUCUUGUCUAAUGCAAAAAAUGCCACAGACCUUGCAGUCUGAGAGUUGUUUGCUGCUCUUAAUGUGCCCAGUGAGCCUUUCAGUUUUUUCCUGACCCACAGCUUGGUAAUCUGGGUCAGAGCAGCCGAGUCCACUGCUCCUAAGAACCUAAGCCAGCAGCUGCUUCUCUUAACUGCUUUCUGUUGUAGCCUUUACACUUGGAUUUCUCACAUACUGCCCGAGCAGAGGAGGCGUGGUGUUCCCGGCAGUGAGGCUUCCUUCCAGUGUCCUGCUGCUUCAGCUCACAGCUCCCUGUCCUCUUUGAAAGCUGUUGCUUGCCUCUCGCUAUGCGCUGGCUUUGUUGCCUCUGGCGCUGUGUGCACAAGGGCUGUGUAGAUGGCAGUGCUCAGUGCUCUCUUUCAGCCUGGGGGCGUUUCUUGCCUUGAGCUUAGUAGCAAUUGGUUUUGCUGUGCUUUCCCUUUUCAUGUCCUGAGGGCUGCCUAAGCCUGAUGUCUGAUAGCUCUGCUCCUUAAUAUGCACACUUUGGGAGAGCUCCUUUUUCUUUAUCUAAUUCCUCCAGGUCUCCAGCAAAAUGGAUUUGCUCGGCUUCCUACUUAGAUCUUUCCAACAGGCACACGUGCCAAGAUAGCUCUGUAAUAUCUUAAUAAACAUGCACGCUGCCAGAGCCCCUUGCCAGGGGUAAACAAGAGCUUUGCAACCUUUGACUUUAAUUUAAACUGGAAAUACUUGGAUAAAGUGAGCCAAAUAAAUUCGAAGGAGGUCCUUUGGUCAAGACAUCUGCUUGAUGUGAUGUCCACGAAAGCAGCCUCUUGCAUUUGCCAUUGGUUUUGAGCAAAGCCAUUAGACAGGAGUGGCUGCCCAAGACCAAGUAAGCAGCCCUAUUUUUAAAGAAAACGCUUAAAAUAAAAUCAUGGUGAACAUUGAAAGGGAUUUGCUUUUUGUUUUCUUCUUCGUAGAAUCAAAUAAACACAGUCAAUAAAGA